GCAGGGAACGCCCCGUCCCGCACGGAGCAGGCGGGGCAGCCCGGCACGGCUGGCGGGGCAGCGGCCGCUUCCUGCGCGGACCAGCGCGGUGCGGGGAGCAGCGAACGUUCCGUGCUCACGGCUCGGCCGUGCAGCGGCCGCUCCUACGGGCCGGUAACUGGGCGGUACCGGGGCGCUGGGCCGCAGCGCGAGGUGGGGAGGGGAAAAACCGCAGCGGCCCAGGGAAACAGCGCUUCUGGGGAACGUGCCCGCGCACCACCACAGACCAGGGACUGACGGAACGACAAAUCGCCUCCGGGACAGGGGCACGGAGCUGCUGGCCGCCCCUACCCGCGGCAGCGGCCUCAGCCCACGUGGCGGCACGCACCAAGAUGGCGCCCUCCAACCGCGCCACGCCCCCUAGAGCUCCCAAUGCGCCUGCGCGGUGCCCGAUCUCCUCCGCCAAUGGCAGAGCGGCCGCGGCCCGGGCAGCCAAUCGCCGCGGGGCGGGGUUGCGCCAUGGCGGCCGGGCGGGACGUGAGCGGCGGGCUGGAGCCCGUGCCCGUAGCGCUGUGGCCGCCCGGGGAGAGCCCGCCGCCGUUCCAGUACAGCCCGGACAGCGUGCCUGGGACGGACGGAGCCGUCGACCCCACCGAGGUGACCUUCCCGGGCUGCCCGUGCCGCUCCCGCUCCUGCUCCGCCCGCAGCUGCUCGUGUCUGCGCCACGGGGAGCGCUACCGCGCCUCGCGCAUCCUGCCGCGCGCCGGGCCGCUCUUCGAGUGCAACGCCAUGUGCCGCUGCGGCGACAGCUGCCGGAACAGGGUUGUGCAGAGGGGCUUGCAGGUCCGGCUUGAAGUGUUCAAGACGGCUGAGAAAGGGUGGGGCGUUCGCGCUCUGGAGCCCAUAGCCGAGGGGAGGUUUGUCUGCGAGUACGCCGGUGAGGUUUUGGGCUUUGAGGAGGCACGCAGGAGGAUCCGGGCCCAGACGGCCCAGGACUCCAACUACAUCAUAGCGGUGCGGGAGCACCUCCAUAGCGGGCAGGUCAUGGAGACCUUCGUGGACCCCACGUACACCGGGAACGUGGGCAGGUUCCUGAAUCACUCCUGCGAACCCAACUUGUUCAUGGUGCCCGUUCGAGUUGACUCCAUGGUGCCUAAGCUGGCGCUUUUUGCUGCCACCGAUAUUGCUGCCGGAGAGGAACUUUGUUAUGAUUAUUCUGGGAGAUUCCGUAACGCACCGCCUACCGAGGGACAACAGAAAGCUUCAGGAGAAGGUGACGUGCUGAGAAAGCCGUGCUUCUGUGGCUCCCGCACGUGUGCUGCCUUCCUGCCCUGGGACGGCUCCCUGUUCCCCGCUGCAGACGCAUGCUCGGAGAGCUCGCCCUAGCUUGUCAGUCCCUGGGCAUACGUAGCCGUGCCAUUUUCUCCAGUAGUUAAAGUGCAGCUAGAUCAAACUCAGGGCACACACUGAAGAAGUAUGCGUGGCUUUGAGUAACAGCUAAAAACAUGAGAUUGUGUGGUGAUCUUCAUGCAGUAUCCUGGAGGCUCUUUUCAAGGUGGACAAUAAGGAGGAGCGCUGGAGCUUCAGGGUGUUCCAAUCUCAAUUACUGAUCCAGGAUUGGUGCUUUCUCGUUGUUUUCAGCUGCUAGCUUACCACAUGUUAACUAAUUAUGUCUUUAAUUUGCACUAAAGCUUUCAGAAAGAAUGAGCAUUAACACACGUAUGGAGAAGGGAGUUGUGGUAACAGCAACAGGCAGCCCUGAAAAAUCACACAGAAUGAGAAGGGCAAAGGAAUGCUGAAGUUUGCAAGAUGGGCAUUAGAUGUCUUAAAUCUUAUUCUAAGAAAUACAUCUUUAAAAUGAGUUGCUACAAUUUUCUUGUUCCACAAAACGGAAUUCUUACCGAUGUUAAAAACCUGCCCCAAAUGAUUCACUGAAAUGCUUCCCACCUGCUUUUCCUCCUGCAGUCACACCGAGCAGCUUGCCAGAAUUCCUUGCUAAGGGCCUAGCUCCAUUUCGUUACUGUUGAGCUUCUGUGCAGAGUGCACAGUAUGCAGGCUCGUAGAUGUGGUUUAGAUAGAUGGGAUGAUUGCACUUCUAUCUUGAGGCUGGUCUACUGUGAUUUCUGCAAUAAUAGCAAGCAUCACUAUAAAUUUGCACUCAAAAAGUAAAUUCAGAGUGCAGUAUGACGCUGCUGUUCUGGCUUUUGAGACGGAUUAAAGCAAAGCAUAUCUGAAAACAACAGAUUCUGAGAAGCUGGAACAUAGGAGCUACUGUUUUCUGUUUCUACAGAGGCAAACAGAAUGAGGCAAGGCCUACCUCCUGCAGCAGAAAACAGUAAUGAUUGCAUCUUCUUUUUGUUACCCUUGCACAGAGAUAACAUGCACGUGCUGCUGUGCACGUCCUCGCUGCGGCGCUGCAGGAGAGCAGCUGGGGAGCGUUGUGUAGCUGCACUUCCGUCACUCCAGAAGGCUCCUGCAGGAAUCCAGCUGCUGUGCAAGGUACCAUUCCCACAUAGUGGGCAGCAGCUUUAUUUCUUCUGGUCUGGUCGGGGCUGUCUGAUUCUACAGAACAGAUGCUGUGUGGUUCCGUAACUCAGAACGCGUGCUUCACUAGGAUCCAGAACAUAGCUUAGACGGCAAGAUUUCUCAUCUCAUUUAGGGGCUUAUCUGGUUUUCUUCUCCCUAAGGGCAUCGUGGCAGCCACCCAGACACUUUCAGCUUACAGGAUAAGAGGUGUGGGAGUAGAUGAUCCAAUCUGCUUCCUCUUUGCCUCCUGGAAAAAGUUUCAAAUAGGGUUUAUUUGUCUCCUGUAUUCCUGUUCCUCAAGAUUAGAUGGGUUUUCAAGAUGACAGCACUGUUAGCUUCCUGUUAUGAAUACGUACUUGGCUUGAUUUUGAGUAGUUAAGGAAGUGUAAAUUCAAAACCCAGAACAGAGAAGCACAUUAGCAGUAUCUGGUCCUUGCACCAGCAGCCUUAAAUCAGAGCACGCAGCCUUCUGCUUCUGCAGCCCUACCCGCCCAGCUCCCACCAGCCCGUGCUGUUUCUAGCAAGUGAACUGAGGACGUUACAUGGCCAAAACAAACUUCCACACACAGAGCAGCAGGAGACUGCAGGACUGUUAGAAACAGCCCCAGUGAAGGCCCAGCAAGAACAUGAAAUCAUUUGCUGCUGUUGAACUGUAGGCCGUCACAGCACGUCUUUUUGUAAACAGCAUGGGUACCUGCUACCCUGGGGUGUGGACUGAAAUCCAGGAUGUACUAAAAAAAAAAAAAGAUGUGAAAUAGUUUUUAAAUAGCAAAAUGAACUUUCCCCUGUGCAGAAUUGUAUACAGUUUUGGUUUUGUUUGUUUUACUCCAAGGCAUUUUUCCUGAAUAAAAACCAAAACCAACUCUGCAAAAUCUUUAUGAAGUGUAUUUCUUCUUAGGGCAGAAAUACACCUUCUAGAAAGGUAGAAUCCAUUUUAUUAAGAAUAAGAGGGAAAGAUGUUUUUAAUACACAGAUUUCAAACAUUUAAUGCUGAUAAAAUAGCCUUUAGGAUACAAAAUACUUGCCACAGAAUCCUAGCUUUCACCACGCUGGUGUGUUCUGGAGUAAUUCUUUGCUGCUGCUCACAUGACCUCGCUGCCCCGGAGGCUGAUGCUCAGGGAAGGGCUCCCCCCGUGCCCUCCAGUGCCUUCCAGCAUCAAACACCAGGCGGAGAGGGAGCUGGCAAGCCACGGGUUUCUACUCACCUCAGGCUGCAUUGACCCGCAGCUACUUUAUUGCAAAGAAAACACUGCUGGGAAAGAGCGUCAUCAAUGCAAAAAUUCUGUUCAUCCAUCACAUUUUUCACCGUUAUCUCUGAAAGCAUCUGACAAGACCGCCGAGUUCCAUCCGUUUAACACAGGCACUUACAGGGCCUGCUAGAGGUCAGCACCACUGCUGCCUAACAGGUCCAGGAGGACAGCAGGGCCAGGGCAGAGCUGACAGCACAGACAGUCCCUGUGGAGGCUCCAGUUAGCACAAGCACACCUCUGCUCUAGCAGCGUUUCCAGGCACUGUCUUCAAGUGAAUGAUAGUACAAAACACUUUGGGACAGGGCUGAAAUACAUUCAGAUUCCAAAAUGAGGUAGCUCUCAGUAUACCCCCUUCUUGCUGUCAUUGUUCUUUUAAACCAGGAGGGGUUGUUUUAUUUGGGUGUUGUUUUUAUUGUUGUUUGUCUUGUAUUAGGGAACAGACAACAGCUUCUUAGCUUACCUUCUUAGAGCUUAGGGCCCACAGUUGCAUUUGCCAUACUUUUACCUGACUGAAUUAUGUUCAAGCAGUCAUUCAUUAGCCUCAGUUUCUAAUGCCACUUUUGCGAUUUGCAAGUUCCCAAAGUAAGCCUACAACCCAGCCAAGAGAAGUUCCAAGCAAGUUGCCAGUGUGUGUCCACCAGUAAAAGUUUUCAGCAUAAAGAAAUGCUUGAUAUUUUAUUCAAAUACAUACAUUUCUAAUCCUCAUGGUGAUGAUUAUCCCCCCUCAGUGGCAGAAGGCACUUCUUCUAAAGAGGAGUAAGUAUUGCACCAGGAAAAGCGUGUUGCUGGAUCCGAUUUUCAAUGCAAUUAGAACGUAACACACAGCUGCAUUAGCUGCCCCUGUUGUCUUCAUCUCUUUUCUGCAUGGUGAGUAUGCCUCCUAGGACAUUAUGGAAGCAGCAGCUGCUUCAGUUUUUUUUUAGAGCUACCCAGGAGUCUGUGAAAUCCUUGUUUACCAGAUUUGAGCAUGGAAAUUCAAAUGAUACAUAAAUACAUGUAAUUAUUAAAGAACUUUUCCAAAGUAUCUACUAAAUAAAGUUAACCUUUUAAAACAG